CAGUUCGACAGUGCAACUGGGUCUCUAGAAAUUUAACAAAGUACCUGCGUUUUUAAAAGGGAGAUGAUUAUAAUAGCAAUUUAAAAUAAAGAAAAUGAGGACGUUUUUAUUGGCAAGCGCAGUUGUGUUCCUGUCUGCAGUUUGUGCGCAGCGUGGCAGGUCCGGGGCUCCGAGAGGCUUCUCCAAGUACCGCUCCUGGAAUUCCAAGCUGUAUCCCGUCUGGGAUGAUGGAGAUUCCAGAUAUCGGGACUGCUGGAGAGGUGGCAACGUGUCCUUGGAAGUCCGUAACGAUGGCCCGACCCUGAUCGGUGCCAAGGCCACUUUCACCAUCCAGCUCCGUUUCCCUGGCAACCAGACCGUGCUGCCCGACGGGCAAGUGGUGUGGGCGCACAACUGCACGGUCAAUGGGACUCAUUUCCGGGAGGGGGAGCCAGUGUACGGCAAUGACACUUUGGAGGACUGGGACGGGGUAUUCCCAGACGGGACUCCCAUGAGGACCUCGGGCAGGAAAUCGAAGUUCGUGUUUGUGUGGAAGGUGUGGGGGAAGUUCUGGCAGGUAGCGGAUGGCCCCUCUUCCUCUCUGACCGUCGUCACGGACUCCGUCCCUCUGGGCUCCUACUCCAUGGAGGUGGUGGUGUAUCACUCCCGCGGGCGAGACCAGUUCAUCCCCAUGGGCACGGCCACCACCGACUUUGCAAUCACAGAUCAGGUCCCAUUCUCUGUGUCUCUCUCCCAGGUGAACGACCUGAACCAAGCAGACCAGAGCUUCAUCCAGAACCGGGCCGUCUCCUUUACUGUCCGCCUUCACGACCCCAGCCAGUACCUGAGCGGCUCCGACAUCACCUUCAACUGGGACUUCGGGGACAACAGCGGCACCCUGAUCUCCCGCGGCCUGGCCGUCACUCACACCUACCUGACCGCCGGCUUCUUCCAGCCACUGGUCAUCCUGCAGGCCACUAUCCCCGCGGCCGGCUGCGUCACACCAGGAGACCCCCCAACCCCCGGGGCCCCCACCGGGAGCACAGGCCUGGUCUCCUCGGAGCCAGCUCCUCAGCCACUUGGCACCACCGUGUCUUCCGCCUCAGUUGCCCCGGUUGUGGUAUCUACCCCAGGACCUGCCCAGACCUCGAACCCAGCUGACCUGGACCUGGCAGUGCCUGGCUCUGCUGCUGCCCCGGCUGCAGGAGAGGACACCAUUGCUCUCGAGGCGUCCGUUGCCCCAGCAGACACGGCUGUGGAAACAGUUGCCCCAGCAGCAGGAGGAGACACAGUUGCUGAGGCAAUCGCGUCAGUUGCCCCAGUAGAUGCUGUGGACACAGUUCCCCCGGUGGAGGCUGUUGAGACAGUUGCCCCUGACACAGUUGCCCUAGCUGCAUCCGUCGCCCCUGUAGAAGCAGUUGAUCCCGUCAACACAGUUACCCUGGUGGAGGCAGUUGCAGACACAGUUGCCCCGGGGGUAGCCCAGGUCUCGACUCCAGUCUCCUCUGUGGAGGAGAUCAUAGACGCUGUGACCCUGGAGAGCGCAGAUCUGGUGGCUGACCCUACCAUGGUGGCUGUGGAGGCUGGCACGAUGACUGCAGUGGCAGUGGAGGCUGGCACGGUGGCAGUGGAGGCCGGCACGAUGACUGCAGUGGAGGCUGGCACGGUGGCAGUGGAGGCUGGCACGAUGACUGCGGUGGCAGUGGAGGCUGGCACGGUGGCAGUGGAGGCUGGCACGGUGGCAGUGGAGGCUGGCACGGUGGCAGUGGAGGCUGGCACGGUGGCAGUGGAGGCUGGCAUGAUGACUGCGGUGGCAGUGGAGGCUGGCACGGUGGCAGUGGAGGCCGGCACGGAGGCAGCAGAGGUGCCGCUGAUUGUGGCAAAGCGGCAAGCGCCUGCAGCAGCUGAGGAGAGCUGCCUCAUCUACCGAUACGGAUCCUUUUCCACCGGCAUCGACAUCAUCCAGGGUAUCGAGAGUGUGGAGAUCGUGCAGGUGCAGAAUGUGGAGAUGGAGCUGGAGGCUCUGCAGAAUGCAGUGGAUCUGACCAUCACCUGUCAGGGCAGCCUCCCUAGCGAGGUGUGUACAGUGAUCUCGGAUGCUGAUUGCGCGGUGCCCGUGCUGACGGUGUGUAACGCGGUGCAGCCCUCGCCGGAGUGCCAGCUCAUCCUGCGCCAGGUCUUCAACGAGACGGGCGUCUUCUGUGUCAACGUCUCCAUGACCAACAGCGUGAGCCUGGCCAUGACCAGCACCCGAGUCAACAUCAACGCAGCGUCUGGCUCAUCCAUGGCUGCCACGGUGGUCCUGAUCGUGGGGAUGCUGUUAGUGGCCAGUGCAGUGGGGGCCGUCGUCUUCACUUACAGGCGUCUGAAGGACUACCGGCCCCUGAACGAGGACCCCACAGGCAGCGUGCAGACGGGCUGGGCGAGCGAGAGGACCUCUGUGCAGAUCUUCCUGCGCAGCAUGUUCACUCGGCAGCCUGUAGGGGAGAACAGCCCUCUGCUGCAGGGCAGGGUGGUCUGAACCAGGCUGGGACCCACUGCUGCCUGCCUCUCACCACAACCAACCAAUUGGUCUAUCGGAUUCCAGGACCACACCCCCCAACCAACCAAUCGAAUGUCAGUUUUCUUAAACACAUCUUUACCGACCACCCCCCCCCCCCCCCCUUUUUAUAUUCAAUCCCUGGCCAUCAUUUUGAAGGAAGCAGGUUUCAUAGACUGAUUUAACACUAAUCUCUUAGUUCUUUGACUCAAGUUAAAAUGUUUGUCAUCAGAUCUGAUAAAUUUAAUUUUCAUAUUGCUACAUACAAAUUCAGCUGGUUUACACAGAUUAUCUCUAAUCUUGCACUACGUUAAGUGAGAUUAGGAUCCUAUGAAACUAACCAAGUGUGUUGUAUGGUUUUGGAGUAACUGUUAUGGACUAUCCUAAGGUUAAGAUAGUUCUAGAUUGGUGCAAAUCAGGGUCUGUGAAAUAUCAUUCUUUUGUUGGAAGCCUGUAAUCCACCACAAACUGGUGCAGUUCACUAUGACAGUUGGCUAGCUGUAGGAAAGCAUUGCAUUCUGGGAUGCUGUGACACCCACUCCAAUUCAGUCGUCUCCAUUAACAAAGACCCUUCUUAAAUAAUGCAUCUCCAAUUCAGCCUACUGAGCUGCUAGAGAUUUCUAGGGAAGAUUUUUGUCAGUACAGCCAAGGUUUUAAUUCCUUUAACAUAGAAUUCUUAUAGGGUAGGGCUCUCGCUCACUGUGAGAAGCUGAGAAUAUCUAACCAUGCUUUGGCAUUUCUGUUCCAAUUGAUCUGAAAUCAAGUCUUGGUUUUCCCUACUCAAACCUCUCUCUCUCUCUCUCUCUCUCUCUCUCUCUCUCUCCUGGUUUUUUAUACAUACAAACUUCUGUCAAUCAGACGUAAAUUCUUGGACUGGUUUCAGAUUAUUACUUACAAGAAGGUAUACACAAGGGUUGCUCCUGACAAUAAAUGGUUAAAACUCCUAAA